UGUAGGUCGCGCAUGUCGGCUCAAGACGUUUCUGAGAUUGUUCGUCUACUCCGCUAUGAGGCGCAACGCAGUCUGCAUAGCGGCUGUCAUCUUGUGUGGUUGCAUGCUGGCCAGCGUUCCCAGGUUGAGCAGUCGAGAUUCGGUGCGAUAUGUGCUGCCCUCCCUGGGUGCUUAUGGCACAGCAGGGACCGACCGCGCGCCCGAAAGCCGCGGCCCAGAGGCCACCACCGACGGGAGACAACCGACUGGAGAUGCACUGCAACGUCAGGCUGGAACGGAAGUCGCCGCGCAGGUCCCGGCGGGCGGCGGCGGGGGUGCAGCGGGCGGCCGCGCGCCCGAAGCCGGCGGCCCGAAGGCGCCCGAAGCCACCAGGUCGAAGGAGGAGGCGGGCCAGCAGCCCGGGGCGGAAGUCGCCGGGCCGGUCCCGGCGGGCGGCGGCGGGGUUGCAGCGGGCGGCCUCGCGCGCGGGCCAGACGGCCCGGAGGUGCUCGACAGCAAGCGGUGGACCGCAGAUGAGUUGCGCGAGCAGCCUGAGAGGAUGCGUUUUUUUCAUCCACGAGGAACUCAUGGCUCCCAGGGCGGAGCUGAUGCGCUGUUGGCUGCAUGAACUGCUCGGCGUUCAUGAGACCAUGAUCGACGUGGACGAGAAGGUGGGCGUCGGUAUGGCAGAGCAUUUUCACGAGUGGGAUUUGUUGUCGCGUUUUCGAGAGCAUCCGCAGAGAACGUUCGACGUGGAAUCAGCUCAUUUACAUGUUGUAUUCCUGUUUCAAACUGCGCCCGAUCAGAAAAUUAAGCAGUGCAAGAAUCGCUCGGGGUCAGGUAACCACAGUCUCCAGGGUGGAUAUCUCCUUGAGCAGAUGCGGCUCCUUCCAGCUUUCCAGCGGCGGGAGAAGUUCGCCAUCAGCCACCCAUCCUUUAAUAAACCUCCCAUGUGGGUAAGGGACGCCUUCUUUGAUUCGAGGCACGUUAUGGUCCUGGAAGACGACUUCUGGUUUGGUGCUCCGCUCGUCAAAUGCUUGCAGGUACCAUAUGUUGCGCAUCGCCAGUUGGAUGCUGUGGCCCGGGGGAGCACAUCCAGUCUUCAGGAGGUUCAGGUUCGGAACAUAACUUUCAUGUUCCAUGGCAAAGGAUAUCGAAAUGCAGAAGGGAGAAACCGAGGUAUUCUGAUGAACAUGAUUCGGGGGAAUUUUAGCGACACGAGCUUGGUGGACUAUUCUUUCGAGCGCGACAAGGACCAGGCCGCCCAGUUCAGGCAUAUUCGCGAAACGGCGCAGAUUUAUCUAAUCUCAGUUUUGUCUAAUUCUGCCCGGGGACACCCACACAACGCGCAGGAUGUAUGAUGCCAUGGCGGCGGGUUGCAUCCCGGUGGUCUACGGGAACGUUCUUUUGCCGUUCAGCGAGUCGGUGCCCUGGACAGAGCUGGUGAUCUUCCUCGACUCCUGCAAUGCAAACGUGGUGAUUCAGAGGCUACGCGAGCUCCUCCUGCGAAGCGACGUCGCCGAGAGGGGAAAGGCAGUCCAGGCCGCCUACGCGAGGUGGCUGUCGUUCACCCAAGGGACUGGGAUGGUGAGCGCCAUCGUACUGAGAGAGGAGGUGGAGGUGAUGUCUGCCUUCGGUGACCGCGCGACUCACUUCUCCAAAGUCAAGAAGCAGUGUGGGCCUGACAGCCUGUUCUGACCGCAGCGGCGCCUGGGUGAUUAGUGCAUUGGCAGCCAGUUUGGGAAGCAAUUGCUAAGCAAUAUGGUUUGUCCGUGGGGGAGUCGCCUGCAGCUAGCCGCAGCCUGACACCACUGCGCGUGGUUGCGAGAAAUGCAUCUGACUGCUAGUGUGCCCGUGCGCGCCCCCAUAUAUCCGACGUCUUGAA